UUCUGUUUGCUUUGCUUCUUAGUUUAAGAUUUAGUUUGUGAUAAUAAUAAUUUUAACUUGGGUGUGUUUUGUACUUUGCUUCUUUAAUUUGCUUUGAUGAUUGAUAAAUUUGUUGUUAUGCUUGUACACAACAAGACCUGCACAAAAGGAGAGUUGACUGUAUACAAACCAAUAAUUUUUCAGUCUAAAACCAAUCGAUAAUAGGAGAAUUAGCCUGUUAAGGAACCAACUCAACCAAAAGCUUAAGCUAAUGGUUGAGGCUCCAAAAUAUGUUAUAUACUCUAACACGUCCCUCACGCGAGAGCCUUUUAGACUAGAAGUGUGGAUGCAGCACAGGUUCUCCUCAUACCUAAUGCUAAAUAUUCCACUUUUUCUCUAAUUUUUUGAUGUCGGACCACAUGUGGCCAACAAUAAUUGCAAUGUUAUCGUAGCGGUAUUUUUUCACCAAAUUGUUAUCCCCUCAACUAGCUACGUUUGAUUUUGGUCGAAUGUUUAUUUCAGUUGAUUAUUAGUGAGAGAAAAAGACAAAAAAACAAGUGGACGAAGGAUGUAAUGAUGAAAAAAGGAUGAGUUUGUGGAUGAGAUUAAGAGGGAGAAAUGUAGCAAAUUCGCUGGAAAUUCAAAAAUGGAAAAAUAUAGAAAAUUGAAAGUGUAGGGGAGUAUCAAUUAUGUGUUCCCUUGUUGUAAUGGUUGUCUUUGCUUUGUGAUGAAACAACUAUCCUUUGUUUAUAUUAUCCUAGAUUUUUAAAGGAAACCAAUGUUGUCUGCUUGUAAAAAUUGUCAAGGAUUCAUAAUAAUGUGAUUCAUAUGUAGUUACUUUAUUCAUUAAUUCAACAAAUCUUUGUAGGAGCUAAAGGAAUUAAGGGCUCAAAUUCAUGAUGCUGCUGACUACUGUGAAAAAUCAUACCUUAACUCGAAGGAUAAAGCACUGUAAGCUCGUGCUUGAAAACACAAGAGAGUACAUAUGUAGAGCUGUGGUUACAGUCGUUGAUCACCUUGGAAGCGUUUCUGCUAAUCUUGAUUCCUGCAUUCAAACGAGUGAACGAGCUAACAAAGUGGAGUGUCGAAUCAAUUGCCUAAAGCAAAAACUUGAUUCAUGUGAUCUAUACAAUAACAACUUCACCUUGACUAAAGUUCGAUGGAGUACGAAUUUGCCAAGAUAUCACCCUCGAUAUAUCUUACCACCAUCGGAUCCUUGUAAAGAACCGAGCUCACCCUUGAGGGAACCUAAUCAGAUAAACGAUAUCACAAAAGGUAGUGAAAAUGAGUUCAAGAUUGUUGAAGACGUGCCACUUUUUAUGUAUACAAGCUCAAACAAGAUAUGUCUCGGUACAAGUCCAAGGUCACCACUUGAAAUCGCGGCCAAAGAAAUUACUGUCGUGCCUGUUCGUGAUGGAUUCUCGGUUUCUCCCAAGUUAAUACGGAAUCCUUCUUUUCAUUUCCAGGAUAAUAGGAAACCUAGUGGGAUCAGAAGACUAAUGCAGCGGAAAUCAGCGAAUGAAGACGAGAUCUCAUACAUUCUUCGAAGAAGUAAAAAGUUGCCAUCUAGAUUUCUAAAGCUCAAGCAGAAGCUUCAUCUCGAAUUUUCAUCAUAGAAUCAUACAUCUUUCCAUACAACCGAUACUCUUGCUUGCGAUCAUCACUCUGCCAAAUAUGGAUCCUGCAUGAGCCGAAUUCCCAAAGGUGGUCAUUCUCAGUAAUCAUCAGCAAAUAUGUUGUUAUUUUGUAAAUGCGAUAUAUGCUAUAUCUUUCUAAAUGCAUUUGGGUCAAUCGGAAAUAUCUUUUUUUAUUACAAAGAUAAAGUUAUAUACAUCUGACCCCCUUAAAUUUUGCGUAUUGGGGAGCCACUUAGUGGCGUUGGGGUAAGACUGUUUAUAUAUGUGGCUUUUCUGAUGUUUCAAAGAUUGUGCUUUUGUUUGGUUCUUGUUUAUAUGACUGGUGUGUAAACUUCUAUUUCAACCAAGAUGACUAUUGAGAUAUCAAAGAGACAAAUUUUGAGUGUCUUUUGCUCAUUAAGUCAACAAUAUUUUUUGAUAAACUCUUGGUGUUUGGUUCAUGAAACAUGACAUUCGAUCCUUUUGUUUUUGAAUUUUCAAUCGGUUUCUAUGAUCCAAGAUGGGUCUUUGUAUAAAUUUUUUUGCAAGAAAGAUUGUAAGGACAAU